AUGAACACUUCAGCACAUCUCUCGUUGUUUCGGAUGCCCCUUCACGUGAUGGACAAGCUCAAGGAUGGGUUGGAUAAUGUGACGCUCAUGGAGCUUCACUCCAACACCUCGGAGGACGGCGCAGGCCUCUUGUUCAACUUCAAUGGCCUCAACAUCUAUGUCUCCGUCUUCCCACCAGAUGGGAACUCCGAAUCACUGUCAGAACACCAGCCUCGCAAGUCAAUCCAAACACACCUGAUUCAGCUUGUUGGUCUAGCUUGCACAUUUGAGCUGAUAGAGGAUUGUGAAGAGUCAUGGGAAGUGAUGAGCAUCAUCACCGAUGCUGGUCGCAAGGCUUUCAGGUCGGCCGCCUGCGCAGCUCUACCAUGGCACACUCUCCGGACGGCACAUGAUCUCAUGGUCCCUCCUCAGAUAUCAUAUCGGCUUGUCGGAGACGAGAAUAAUUGCCCUGUCCUCGUGCUAGUCAACAACGAGCAGGAAUACGCUACGCCGAGAGCACUUCAACCCAACUAUUGGGCAAAUCGGCUCAUCCCUGCGGAACCCGACCUGCCCCAAUACUCGUCCAAAGACUUGCUUGUCAUGGAAAAGUUGGGCUCACCUCUCCCCAACUUUGUUGAAGCGCUAGUCCGGACCCACGCUGGACCAGAGGAGAUGUUUUGCAGGCUACUCCGCCAUCCUGAGGACGACCCUACCAUCUCACCCCUCGAGCGAGACAUCACGGUCUUGAACGCAGUACACCGGGUCCGCAACAUGGCCCCAGCGAUACCGAUCCGCAUCCCCCGCCUCCUGGGCUACGUUACGGACCCCGCUACGGGCCACAUCAUCGGAUACGUCCGAGAGAACAUCCGCGGCCGCAGCCUGUACAAUGCCGCCCACACCGCCCCGAGCUGGCAUCCUCGCCAACUCCAGCGGUGGCUCGCGGCCAGGGUCGCCCGGAGGAGCAAGUGGAUGCGGCAGGUCCGCGAGACAGUCAGGCAGCUGCACGCGAUGGGCCUGACCUGGGGGGAUGCAUUGGUAGGCUCUGUCCAUAUUGACAAAGAGACGGACGAUGCGUGGCUGGUGCGAUUCUACGUGCCAACGUGGAGAUCGGAGGAGAGGGUCUACACGGUGGAGGAGGACGAGGCGAGGCUCCGGCAGCUGGAGGAGGCGUACUUCAACUUUCCAGCGGCAUAG